GCUUGUAUGCAUAUGUUAUUUAGUUGUUCAUAAUUUAUUUUGUAGGUGCACAAUGAUAGUUUGAUAUGUGGAUGCAGUUAGUCCUUUGCUUUAAGGUGCAUUUGGAUUGGUCAAUGAGAGACAUAUUCAUGAUUUUUGGGAUUUCUACUCUUGGUAGAAUUUUCAACAAUCGUGUACUCGGGUGCUUUAAGAUUUGGGAGAACUAUGUUGAAGGACAGGAAGUUGUAAAUGGUUCAUCUGUUGUUGAAAGUAAACAAAAGGAAGUACUUUGGGUGGUGGUAGCUGAAGUACUUGGAGAUGGCAAGUUCUACAUCCAAACAGUCGGCAACCAGAAAGUGACUGCUAUUCAAAAGCAGCUAGCUUUGUUGAACUUUCAAGAAGCCCCUGUUGUGGGUGCUUUUAAUCCUAAGGGCCAAUACUACAAAGCAUGCCUUUAUGCUGGAAUUAACAUUAGUUGGAUCAAUGGUGAAGUUAUGUCUGGCCAGGUAGUAAUCUCUUGCUUGUAUUCUCUCUUUUGGUUUAGCUUAAAUUCUGAUGCAGUCCAUGUGAGCCCCACUUAUCUUGAGGACCAAGAUUGGGAGGAAGUGCCAAGCACUAUCAUCUUUAUUCUGGUUUAGCUUAAAAUCUUUAUUUGUAAAUCUGUGCCCAUAUGCAUUGUCGGAGAAACUAAAAAACUUACUCAUUCUCAGAUUGCAAUGUGGAAUAUGCAUCU